AUGGAGCUCUCACGGCAGGAGUACCCAGCCUUGCUGGCCACUCUUCAUCCCAAUCAAGCUUCCACCAUCCUUAACGAUCGCAUCCGACUCAUCAACAAAAUCAAUACGGAUAUCGCGGACUUCCUGCAGGAGCGCCGUCGCGUCGAAGAAGCCUAUGCCCAGAGCUUACGGAAGUUGGCCAGUCGGCCCCAAUUGGACAAUGGCGCUGCACUUGGAAUUUUUCAAAUUCCAUGGCAGCGCAUCAUCAACGCCACCGAGGCCCUCGCUGCGUCGCACGAGACCCUUGCGACGAAGAUCGAGGAAGAUGUAGAACGGCCCCUGAGAGAAUACAGUAAAAGUCGGGAUAUGCAAUCAAUGCCUGGGAUCCAGAGCAACCUGGCAGGUCUCGCCAAGAACAUCGAUUCUGCGCAAAAGAAAGUGGACAAAGCCAAAGGUAAGGGCACCAAGGGCGCAAGCGCCCUUUCCGGUGCAAUUGCUGCAGCGGAGGAAAUGAAUCAACAAUGGGAGUCGCGUGCUCCAUUUGUAUAUGAGCAGCUACAGGCCGCGGAUGAAAGCCGUCUCAAUCACCUCCGCGAUGUCCUGACCCAACUUGAGACUCAUGAAGUGGACCAAGUCGAGCGCGGCCGACAAGCCGCUGAGAGCUGUCUGAAUGUCCUCCUUAACGUGGAGACGGCAGAUGAAAUCAAGACCUUUGCCGCUAAGAUGGUUGGCAAUCGCGCUCCCUUGUCACCUGUGACGUCGCGGCGACAGAAUUCCCAGGCGGAGACUCCCCCUGCUGUUGCAGCUGCGGCCACACCUCCUCUGGCUGCUGCACCACUUGCGCCACCUCCACCUAUUCAAGAUGAUGCAGCUAGUCAGCGAUCGGCGAGGUCGCAGACUCCAGCUCCAGCUGCUGUGCAAACACCACCAGCUCCAGAGCCCGUUCCUCGACAUACACCACUGGGUGGGUUGAGACGACUCGGGACAGUGAUGAACCGCCGGAAGAGUGUGAUUGGACCAACAGCUGGAAGCUUUGACCGAAAGGCAGAGAAGAAGCAUCGAAGCCCAUUCGGACCCUUUAAGAGGUCCGACUCUUCAAGGGAGAUGCAAAUCCCCGAAUCUCCGCCAUCAACUGCAGAUCGACCGGGAACAUCCUUGACCGAGGAAUCAUCAUUGCGGAAUCCGAGCGUGUCACACGACCACAAUGUCGCUGAUACCAUUCCGCCUGCGCCGAUCACCAAACAAGAGCCAUCCGCUACGAAUGGAACUUUGGCGGAAGCUCAAGCUGGAAUAGUUAGCAAUGGCACCGCCCCGGCCCAUGUUGAUUCUGAAGGCUUCACUGAGCGACCUUCAACUGUAGAUGAGAUCACACGUGCCCAGAGAGAAGCAGCAGGCAUGGAGGACUCGGGCAUGAACUUGACGAUUCGAGAUCAGCCUAUCUUUGAAGAUGAAAGCCAAGCCAAGAAGGCUAUGGAUGAUAUGGCAAACACCCUUCGGAUGCGCGCUCCACAGCCAGGCAUCAGACGAAAUGCAGGCACUCUCCGAGGCCGUCGUGACGUUCGGAACACCAUCUUUGUUCCCAACCCAAGUUCCGAUAUGACCGCUACAUCAGCUGCAUCUGAUCUAUAUGGCCCAUCUUCACCUAUCAAGCAUGCCGCAUCUCCCAGCACUGCGACGGAGGACCAUGCUAUGUCGGAUACUACAUCGGUUCGAUCCGGACACACUAUGCAUGGCCAUGGGCCUAGCAUUCAUCCCGAGCUUCACGAGCCCGGCUUGAAUGCAUCCAUCAUCGAAACAGUCAACGCAUGGUUCUCAGAGGGCAACGCGACCAAGUCGUCUGUUCUGGGAGAGCUUGCCCUCGCACAUAACCCUAUGCCCGGCGCCCCCGCAGACAAUCUGCGCAUUCGUCUUGAUAACUUCCCCAUUCUAGAGAAGGUCGCCGCUAACCCAAGCUUCGUUCAUGAACCCAGUAAGGAUGGUGCCGAAGAGAAGCGCGGCGAAUACGAUAUCCAGCUGGGCAGUAUUUCACGGCCCAUACCAACUGUUGCCUUCAAGUACCAGCUGCACCUUGACCCGACUAACCACUCGGCCUACUGCCCGGUCAUCUUCAAGCCGGCUUGGAACUUGCAAGAGAACCAAGCAAGCGCAAUCAUCUUCUACAACCUCAACCCCUCCUUCACCUCGGCUACCACCAGCUCAAUCACCCUCCAGAACGUCGUCCUGACCGUCGGUCUGGACAUUGCCGCCGAGGACGAGAUCACCAAGGAGCCACGCGGCUCAGUCGCCCACGCUACCAGCGCCGUGAUGUACCCCAACACCGGCGCGACUUUCCGUCGCAAGACCUCCACUGUGGUCUGGAAGAUCCCCGAGCUAGAAGUCAAGGCCCCCGGUUCAGGCGGCGAGGACGGCAAGUUCCUCGUGCGUUUCUCUACAUCAACUCCCGGCCCCCGCAAGGGUAAUGUUGAGGCCAAAUUCGAGCUUCGCACCACCGAGACCGGCUCCCGACUGGGUAUCAGCCGUGCUCCUGCACACGCUGGUCCAAAGGAAAUUGAUCCUUUCGCGGAUGAGGGCAAGCCUGCUACACCUGUUCCCUCCUGGGAGGAAGUCCCGACGUCACGCAAGCUGGUCGCUGGAAAGUAUGUCUCUGCUUAG